GAUCUUAUUUAUUUGUCAUCCGCUUCCUUGUUUUCGACUCAGCACGGCACCGCACAGCGAUAGAGGUGUUCCUUCGUCUUGCUUGGAGUUUAUUACAUCUGCCGUCCAGCUACCACACAGAAUAUGUUGAAAAACGGCGUCCUCACAAAUGUACCUUUUGGAUGGGCUGCGGGUGGAAACCUGACUACAUUGUGCCCCAACGGGUCCAAAUGGGUCUGGGAAGGUCUUGGAGAAUGCGCCCAGGAUGCGAGAGACAUGGCCAGCGUCUACCUGGGUCUGCUGUCAAUCCUGUGCUUCAUGAUGUCGUCUCUGCCUCAGUACUAUAGCUCGUGCAAGACUGGAAAUAUGGACAGCGCACUCUCAAUUUGGUUUCUGCUGCUGUGGUUGGGAGGCGACACCUGCAAUCUGGUGGGGUCUUUUUUGGCAGACCAGCUUCCGCUUCAGACUUACACUGCAGUUUAUUACGUACUGGCGGAUCUGAUGAUGUUGGCAAUGUAUUUGUACUACAAGACCAAACACAGAAUGGCUGAAAACAGGCGGGUUUUGCACGUAGUGGGCGUGGCCUGUGUCCUGAGCAUUGCAAGUUUCGCCCACUUUCCAGCGUGGGUCUCAACACAACAGGAAGCAAUGCCUGAGACAUAUAGGGGGCGUACACUGCUCUCUAGCACAGAUCUUGCCGCGUCAUUUACCCCAAAAGAGAUUAUUGGAUUCUCGAUCGGCUCUGUAUCCUCAGUGCUGUACCUGUUUUCCAGACUUCCCCAGAUAUAUACUAAUUUCAAGAGGAAGUCAACCGAGGGAGUGUCUUUCUUCCUUUUUGCUCUGGUCAUCCUUGGAAACACCACGUAUGGCCUGAGCGUACUGCUUAAGAACCCUGCCCAGGGUCAAGGAGAGAACAGCUACGUGAUCCAUCAUCUGCCUUGGCUUAUCGGAAGCCUAGGAACACUCUCAUUGGACCUCUUCAUUUCCGUCCAGUUCAUUAUGUACCGCAAAUCAGCGGACAGGCUGGACGCCAGUUCCUCGGAGACGACACCUCUGAUGGGGGGAUAACCAUUCCCCCAAACCACUCCGCUUCUAUUGAACACCACCGAAAAAAGGAAAUAACCAGAUCAGGAUGAACACAUUUCAUUGUUUUUAAUUGUACAGUUGUAUUUAUUUCACCUUUUUUCUGGUAGACUUUUUUUUAAACAGUGUACUGUCGUAGUUUUAAAGCGAAUGCAAAGAAUUCUAUAAAGAAUUCUCCCAUCGAAAAAUAUUUUUCUUCUCACGAAGUUGCCAAAUGCUGCUGCAUGAAGAUCUCUGAUUUUGUUUACAGUAUUACUGUAACUUGAAUCGUUAGGGUUUUUCUGCUCUUUAUGUAGAACGUGUACAUUUUUAAGUCCUGUAAUCAGAAAAAAAGGUGCUUUAUUAUUAGUUUUGUUUGUUUUGGGGUGUUUUAAACACAUUUUAAUUUCAGUUUUAUGGUUUUGUUUUAAAUACCACCACCAAUAGCCAUUGAUAUUUGCACUGCUGGUGAGAUGUCACAUAAACAGGGAUACACUAAAUCACACAUGGUUAAUCUACAGUUUUCCCAGCGUUUUCACACUAUUGUUUUUGCAUAUUUUUGUACUUUGGGAAAAGAAAGUUUUGUUGGGUCAGUUUACUGUACAAAAAAUUAAUAGAUUAUAAGAGAAACAAUUUCUGCUUUCUGUUCAUUUGUUUUUGAGUGACUGUAAAUUCGUGAAUGAUUUGGCGAUGUUUUCCCAUCGGUAACAGCCUCGUAGUGACCUCAACAAACAUGCACUUUGCCGUUGAGCAAUCACACACACACGCGCACACACAAACGAUAAGAGCCCACCCGCUUAGGGUGUAAGGUCAAUAUAAAAAUAAGGCUUCCAUUUUGACUGUUGUGAAACAGUGGCAAAAGAGAUUAUGAAGAAGGAUUUUUAGGGGUCAAUGCGGGGAAGUGCCUAUCCAUCAUCAAGGAUGAACUAAGGCACUUUAUGUAAACAACUCUUGAGGGAAUUUCUUAAUGAGAUGCUUUCAGCUAAUACAAACUACAAGAAAAACUAAUGAGUUUGCGCCGCUAAGCAAAAUUAACUCACUGGCUGUCAUUGACAGCGCUAGACUUUUAAUCCAUAUCGACUGGGAGAGGCUGGUCAAAAUGGAUUGGACGUGUAGCGCUGUCAAAGGCAUUGAAAGAUAAGAAUUAAGAGCCUGUUGUCCCAGUUUAAAUGAAUUUCACGUCUAUUGUUAUCAAUGGCAAUUAAUCCACUUAAAAGGCUCAGUGUAAAUUUACCACAAAAUAAAAAACUUAACAGCUUAAUUAACAACAAUCGUGAAACAUAAUUGGCUCACGGGUGAUCUGCUAUGGUAAUUUUUGUUGUUGUCAAACAGACGUUGAUGCCACAACCAGAAUGAGUUGAUUUUUGCAAUCUGCUAACAUAGGCUUUCUCUUCUGUUGUUAAUGUCCCUUGAAAAACAGAAUCGUCCCGUAUUCAGAAACAAAAGUACGUGUCCCUUAUUGAACUUGCAAGGGACGUGCUUUGUCCCGUAUUAUCAUGAAACUUGAAAAUAGUGUGUCAUUUGUAGAAAAAAUUAAUACAGGUAUGGUGCUUUACAAGAAUAUGCUAGCAAAUGCAUUUCCCGCCUCCCCUGCUUUUUGACCAAUGAGCUGACGGAACAAUAUGAAAUCCCACUCUUCUUAUUGGUGGAGGUACUGUCGCUAACUGAAGACGGCAUAAGAGUGUCGCGAGUAAAAAGCGUGUUCAAAAUGAUUAUCAUUUUCUUCUUUGUGAACUUUAUUUUCACUAAUUGUUUUAGAUUUUUGUCUUCUGUCAUUUUCAUUUGGAUCUUCACAUUAUUUUUGGAGGGAUCAUUUGCCAAAAUGUUAUUGCUGAGGGGACUUUUAAUGCACCUAAAUUGUUUAAAAAAAAAAAAAAAAGUUGACCUCAGAGUUUGCACGAAACGGCCAAAAACGCGCGCGCAAACACACACAUACACAAAGGCUCUAAAUUUAGCAGGACAGAUUUUGUAAAUUAAAAAUACAUUGAUGAUAAUUAUUGUUUUACCAUGUGCUUAUAUCACUCAAACAUGUCCCUAAUUAAUUCAGGUUUGUGUAGAAUUAUUAUAAAUACAAAAAUAUAUAAAAGGGUGACUGUUAUCGGGCCGGGUGGCUCGAAUAAUGAGGUGUCCCUUUUUAUUUUUCCAGGGGUUGGCAACCCUAGUUGUUACUGUGCGACCGUUCUGCCAUUAUGACAACGAUUACUAGCUAGCGCUGCACUUGAAAGCUAGCCAUGAUCAUCUAUUAAUGUUGUGACGUCGCAACCAGAAUUUCUGGGGAAAAGUGGACAUUCCGUGAUGCAUUGUUUUGAAUGAAAUAACUGAAAUAGUACAAGACGACAAGAUUUGAGUACUAAAUUUGUUUUAUACAUCUAAGUGCAGCCAUUUUCAUUUUAUUUACACAAUAAUGCAUUGGAUAGAUAUAGCUUUUUUUUGGACCAUCAAAGACACUUCACAUUGCAUUAUCCUUUGACUCUGCACUCAAUGAUGGUAAACUGAUAUUGCAGCUGCCCUGAGGCGCUCUGACAGAAGUGAGGCAGCUAAUUUGCACCAUCGGCAAUUCUGACCCCCAUCAACCACUCGUUGUCACACAGGCAAGUAGGGUGAAGUAUCUUGACCAAGGAUAUAACAGCAAAGGGCACAGGUGGAAUCUAGAAUCAAACCCCCGUUCUUUUAAUCAGUGGACAACCCGCUCAACCACCUGCGCCAUCGUCACUAAUUCUUUGGACCUUUAUGUGCUAUUUCCUCUCGAGAUAUUUUUUUUUGGAGUGUGAUAGGUACAUGCAUUUCCAUUUCAAUGGGAACGAUUUGCAAUCCAAGUGUAUUUAGUUGCUACAACCCCUAACAAAAAGUAUGGAAUCACCAGUCUCGGACAAGCAUUCACUCAGGCAUUUUAUCAUGUAGAACAAACUCCGAUAAAAAGCUUGAAAAAAAAAAUGAAUUAGUUCAAAAGUGCAACUCUUUGGUAUCCAGAAACACUAAAAGAAAUGAAUAAAAAAACAUUGUGGUGGUCAGUAAAUGUUACUAUUAUAGAGCAAGUGCAGGAAAAUACAUAUAGAAUUACUCCAUUCUGAGGGGGAACAAAUGGAAUCUAAAUCUGUCUAAAAUUUCAAUGUAAACUUGUGCAUUUAUUAAAGAUUUAACCACAGCCAUCUCCCUAGUGCCUUUGCCUGACAUGCAGCCCCAUAUCAUCAAGGACUGGGAAUUGUCUUCUUCAGGCAGUCAUCUUUGUAAAUCUCACUGGAACAGCACCAAACAAAAGUUGCAGCAUCAUCACCUUGUCCAAUGCAGAUUAUUGACUUUUGACACCUUGCUCAAUGCAGAUUCUUGACUCUUGACAAGGUGAUGAUGCUGGAACUUUUGUAAAGGGUUUUACACUUAUUGAUGACACUGCGCACGGUAAACACAGAAACAUUUAGGUCUUUGGAGAUGGACUUGUACCCUUGAGAUUGCCCUUGCUUCCUCACAAUUUUGCUUCUCAAGUCCUCAGACACUUCUUUGGUGUCUGAGGACCAAAGAAGUGGUCCUCUUCUUUGGUGGCAGUGGUGGCAAUUUAGUUAUUGCCACCACCUGUUAUGUGCCACAGGUAAGUAACAGGUGCAGUUAAUUACACAUUUGAGAAGCAUCACAUGAUUUUGCAAAGGGUGCCAAUACUUUUGUCCGGCCCAUUUUUGGAAUUUUGUCUAAAAUGAACAUGAUACUACCAAAGCAUUUGUAAUUGCAAUCAUUUUCUGGGAGAAAUUGAGCAUUAUCUGACAGAAUUGCUGGGGUGCCAAUACUUUUGGCCAGCAGUGUAUGUAAUACAUGACUGAGGGGGAAAAAACAUUGCCAUCUAGUGGAUUUGCUGUUUUUGAUACAGAGUCACGGGUUGUUUACUACCCACCGAUAAGCACAUUGACAUGUUUUGAAAUCAGUGUUGGACUUAACUCACUGAUUGUGGGUCGCAAUUAUCGUAAGGCUUCCUGACUAAACACUCAAGUCUGACCAGCCAUGAUAAAAAUGAAAACAAACAUGAUUUAUGCAGUGU